AUGCAGUGUUUGCCUUUCCCUAAAGCAGUGAUACGUAAGAUUAACUCCAUAUGUCGGACUUUCUUCUGGACGGGUAGUAUAGAGAAAAGCCGUAAAGCCCCCGUUGCUUGGAAAUCUGUGUGCCAACCUAAGCGUAAUGGUGGUCUGAAUCUCAUUGACCUUGAGGGUUGGAAUCAUAUUUCUUUGCUGAAACUGUUAUGGAAUCUUUGUGGCAAAUCAGAUAGCCUUUGGGUAAAAUGGAUCCAUGCAUAUUAUACUAAAAACCAGCAGAUCAUGGAGGCUGCUAUACCAGAUAAUGCCUCCUGGAUAAUGAAGGCUGUUAUGAAGCAACGCGAGUAUACCCUUCAAAAUCCGGUGUGGACAGAGAUGUUGAAUGCCCAGAAAUUUAAUAUGAGAAAGAUGUACUUGGCUAAUUAUGAUAGAUCUCAAAGUGUUCCGUGGAGAACUUUGUUCUACGGAAACGUGGCCCGUCCUAGAGCUCUUGUCAACCUCUGGAUUGCUUGUAAUGGGAGGUUGGCAACUCGUGACAGAUUACACAAGUUUGGGAUUAUUGACACAACUUGUUGUUGCUUCUGCAGUGCUGAUGAAACUCAGCAGCACCUUAUGUUUGAUUGUAAUGAAACAAGAGAUAUUUGGAGGAAAGUCCUUGAAUGGAUUCAGAUUGCUCAUUAUCCACUGGGCUGGUGUCAAGAAGUGGAGUGGAUUAUGAAACAGACUAAAGGUAAAGGAGAUCGUGCAAAGAUCCUAAAAUUGGCCUUCACUGAAUGUGUCUAUGAGGUUUGGAGGUAUCGAAAUGAUAUUAGUUUUGGUAAUGCUGUACAGAACAAUCAUACUGAUGAGAAAAUUAUUGAUACUAUUGUCUAUAGGGGUUGGACCAAUAGAAAAUUAAGGACAUGCCUAGCUAAACUCAUGAUGUAA